AUGCCGGUCUUAGACCCAGAGAGGUCGGGGCAGAGGGUGGCCACAGAGGAGGAGAAACUGGAGUCUGAGUCCACUUCAUCCCCUGUUACAGUGGAGAUACUGGAUUCUGUCACAGUGAGAGCUGCUCUGAUGCAUCUUCAGUCCCUUCAUCAUCAGCCACAUUCACAUCAUUCAUGAUUGGUGACCCGUUCACAUUUGUCCUCCUAAAUAAAAAAGAGGGUAGGGUGAAGGUGUGCAGUGACUCCUUUUGCUGUCACCUGCAGUACAAGCGAAUUUCACAAGGUGACAGUGAGGAGCUGUAUGCAUUUGGUGCAUUUGCUGGGCUGCACACUUUGGAUGGAGAACUAUCCCUGCAUGUAUGAACUAAAGGGUUUAUGGAUAUAGACACUGUCCUUUACAACAUGUCUCACCUGUAUCCUUCCUUCUGCAGGUGUGUGCACUCAUCCGUUGUGCAGGGUCGGACCCAAGCUCCUGUGGACAGGGAGUAGAAGAAGCUGAGACCAAAAUGGACUUUGUGAUGGAGGGGAAGUUUGGAACCAGAUAUGUGUACCCAUCAGUUUUGGCGAGUCAAAUGGUUUUAGAGGAAGUAAAGCAUUUUGACAAAUCUGCAGAUGGAAGAGUGACUUUAAAACACUCAGACAUGACUGCUGGACUGGUGACCGCCUGUCUGUACGGACGGAUGUAUCACCUGGACCAUGAAUAA